AUGCCUAAUUAUACAAAGUUCUUAAAAGACAUCCUUUCUAACAAGUGGAAGAUGGAGGAGCAUGGAACAGUUAUGCUUACUGAAGAAUGCAGUGCCAUACUGCAAAAUAAAUUACCUCCUAAACUGAGAGAUCCAGGGAGUUUUACUAUACCUUAUGCAUUAGGAGAUUCAUUCUUUGAUAAAGCAUUGCGUGAUUUAGGUGCUAGUAUUAAUUUAAUGCCUUUAUCAAUUUUCAGGAAGCUAGGACUUGGAGAAGUGAAAGAGACGAACAUGUCGCUUCAGCUUGCUGAUAGAUCAAUCAAACGACCUAAAGGCAUUGUUGAAGACAUUUUGUUAAAGGUCAACAGAUUUAUCUUUCCGACGGACUUCGUAGUUCUUGCAAUGGAGGAGGAUCGAGAGGUGCCUCUAAUUUUGGGACGUCCAUUUUUAGCGACAGCUCAUGCUCUGAUAGAUGUGCAACAAGGAAAAUUAAUUCUAAGACUAAAUGAUGAAGAAAUAAUGUUUGAUGUCCAUAAAGCGAUGAAAAAUCCUACUGCAUUUUAUAUUGAAUCUUGUUUUCACUCCGAUAGUUUUGGUGGGAUUGUAGGUGAUCACAGAGAAGAAGUUUUGUAG